AACUAUUUACAGUCUGUCAAUUAAUUGUUGUGACAAAGUAUGAACAAAAAUGAUAAACUUAUCUUUAAAUUUAGCACUUUUAUUUUGAAAUACUGUUGGAAUAACUGCAAAUAAUAUGGAUGACUGCAAUCAAUCAGAUUCAUCGGAGGAGUUCUAUGAUGCAUGUGAGGACCAAAUGGAAGAAGACUCAUCCUCCGAAAUGGAUAUAGAACAUUCUGUGAUUGUGGCGGAAUUGGCCAUAAACUAUUUCUUUGAUAACAAAUUCGAAGAAGCCCGCAAUUUAUUGAAGCCUUUUGCCGAGUCGAGUCUAUAUCACUCCAUGGGUAAUGCAGUAUUUGCAUUCCUUGAGGCUAUGCUGACUUUUGAGCAUAUAGACGAGGCAUCGGCGGCACUUAAAAAAUGUGUAGAUCUUUGUCAUCGUUAUCGGAAGAAGACAACGUUGACUGCUUCAAUUGGUAACACAUUUAAAAAGAAAAAUUUUAACCAGCUUACAGACCUGGAGUGCCAUGCCGAAUUGUGUCUGGCAGAGUCUCUUCUGAUGAGCGCUCUUCUCACAUUUGUCGGAGACGAGAAUCUAACCGGGUUGAUUAGGGGCAGUCUGCAGGUGCGACAGUGCUAUAAUUGCUACAGAGCCUGUGAACAAAUAAUGAAACAUCGCAACUGGAAUUCAAAUUCAAGUGCUCUGAAAAUCCAUUUCAAUAGCGGAGUACACAUGGGCAUUGGAACCUUUAAUUUGAUGAUAUCCUUACUUCCUGGACGCCUCAUAAAAUUGCUGCAAUUUAUAGGAUUUUCCUCGAAUAGGAGCGAUGGACUGCGAGAUCUACAAAGAGGAUACCAGGAGAAUGGACUUAGGCAAAUCCUGUGCAAGCUAUCCUUACUCGGUUAUCAUCUGAUGGUUGUGCCCAUGAUUAGUGAACGACAAUCGACAGAUCAGCUGAAUUUAUGCGAUAAAAUACUAACGUCCCAACUUGCUAAAUAUCCAAGCGGCGUAUGGAUGCUAUUUUUUAAAGGACGCUACGAGCUGGUGACCGGAAAUUUGAGAGCGGCCGAAUCCUGGUACAUCAAAUCCUGGAAAUCCCAAGAUGCUUGGCCACAAUUUCAUUUUCUAACAUUUUGGGAACUGCUUUGGUUAAAUUGCAUGCAGCGCAAUUGGGUUAAUGCCCAAAUGUAUGCAAAUCAGUUGCUUGAGAAGAGCAAUUGGUCAAGAUCCAUAUACGCCUAUCAGUUGGCAGCUAUUAAAUUGAUGUCCACCGACGGAUCGACAGCGGACAGUUCGGAAAUUGAUAAACUAAUGCUGGAGGUUGUCACAUAUAAGCAAAAAAUAGCUGGCAAAUCGUUGCCCAUGGAGAAAUUUAUGUCGAAACGUGCUCUUCGAUAUAAGAUACAGAAUGGACGACUUGUAUUGCCGCUCAUUGAACUAAUGUAUCUAUGGAAUAUGUUUAAAUUUAUUGGCAAGGAAUAUCAGAUAGCAGAUGGUAUACUACAAGUGAUCGAUACAGAAUUUCAUAAUUUCAAAAGAAUCGAAUCAACUGGAUUAUUAUAUUUAACUUCACAUUUAUACUAUGCUGAUAAUCGAGCUUUGUGUCUCUUGUUACGUGGAUCUUGCUAUAAACAAAUGGGAAAACUGGCAUUAGCACUUCAGGACUUCAACGAGUGCAUAAUGCUAAAUGGCAUUGUUGAGGAUCACUUUAUUAUUCCAUACGCUUACUUUGAGGCUGCACUUUGUCACGCGUCUGAGAACCGGGAUCUUGCCAUAUCCAUGCUGCAGGACAUCAAAAAAAAUUUUCCAAAUUUGCACUUGAGUCUCGUCUUCAUUUUAGGAUUCAUGCGGCCCUCAUGGAUCUCAAUGAUAAUUUAUAGGAAAUUAUUUUAUUUUAACUAAAUGUAGUACAACUAUUUAUAAUAAACAAUUGGGCAACGGUUAUUA